UCUUGCUGCUCACAUCUGGAGGUUCUUCCUCGUGAACGGAGGUGUGUUCCAGUGAGUGCUUGUAGAGACGCUCCGCCUCCAGUCAGCUGUGAAGCCUGUUUCUACUUGCCUCCAGCAUUCUUGCAGCCCUGUGCUUUACGACCACGCCUCAGACAGUCCUGGUGUGCGUCUCUGCGGUCAUGUUGGUUUACAGACUUCUCUGCAGACUUGGAAACAAAAGACUCAAUGCGCCCACGUGGGUCUGGUCGGCCGGUGUCGCCUCCAGUUACAGCACUGGACCCCCAUCCAGAGAUGCAUCAGUUCAUUACAGCCUCGGUCGCCCGGUCCUCUCCCUGCGUCUCCCUGCAGGUCAGCUGUGUCGUUUCACUCUGACGCCCAUGUUGACCACGGUGGGCGACCUCCUACGAGACAUCGCAGCCAAAGACUCGGAGGUGAAGACGACGGCACUGCUCAACAUGGAUGGACAGAGAAUCUCGUCCUGUACGUUCAUGGAGACGGUUUUAAACAAAGACUUCCAGCUGGUGGUCGAUGACGUCACCUACAACGUUCACUCACUGGGACAAGGCUCCUCCCAUGAACACAUGCUGGACGUAGAUGACAUGAAGUACCUGGUCCACCUCCUCCACUCUGCUCUGAGUCGUCCUCAGCGUCUCCUCGUCCAACACAGAGAGCUCCUGGUCAGGAAGGACAAGCUGAGGCAGCAGCUGCAGCCGCUGGACCAGGUGAAGAAGCGGCUGGCGAGGGAGGCGGAGUUUAAAGCCUCCACGUUGGGCUGGGUGGGGCUGGCCUACCUGUCCCUGCAGGGGGGAUUCCUGGGAUACCUCACCUGGAAUGUGUUUGCCUGGGACAUCAUGGAGCCCGUCACCUAUUUCAUCUCCUGCACCACCAGCAUGAUCUUCUUUGGUUACUACGUCCUCACAAAGCAGGACCUGGUCUGCCCGGAUGCGAGGGAUCGUCAGUUCCUCCUCUUCUUCCACAGAAAAGCCUCAAAGCAGAAGUUUGACGUUGACAAAUACAACGAGCUGAAAGAGGAGCUGGCGAAGGUGGAGGCCGAUCUCAGGAGGCUGAGAGGAGUCAUUCAGCUUCAGCUACCGGUCGAUCAGAUUCAGCCUCAGAGAGACGCCUGAGAGCCACGACGUUAAAUGACAUUAAAUAUAGAAAUACUUUAAAUAUUACCACUGCAGUCACGUUUCUGUUCAAGAUAAAUAAAUGUGAUUUUUAAAGUUCUUAA